AUGGCCAGUCCCAAAGUUAUGUACAAGUGUGAUAGUAUAACGGAAAAGGACUAUAUAAGCAUCCAGUGCUUGCCUGAAGGAAUCACAUCCUGCAAAGUCUCAAGCACAAUGAAGGGGUUGGCGGUGAUCCUCGCGAGCCUCUGUUUUUUGGCGGUUUCGCUCGCCGUUCCCGAUCGGCUUGGUGGGCAUCAUAACCACCCUCCGCAUGCCCACCCGCCACCCCAGAAUGGUUACAAAUUACCUCCACCACCACCCCAGCCUCCUACGUAUGUGCCCCCCACCAAAACCCCGCCUCCACCUGUUCCCCCAAUCUACCGGUCCUACACCACCGCCACUCCCUCAACCUACCGCCCCUACACCACCGCCACUCCCUCAACCUACCGGCCCUACACCACUGCUAAGCCCCCACCCUAUACAUAUGGGCCACCUAUCACGACAACCUACCGGCCCUACACCACCGCCACUCCCUCAACCUACCGCCCCUACACCACUGCCAAGCCCCUACCCUAUACAUAUGGGCCACCUGUCACAACAGAGAAGCCGAAGUACUGGUUCGAUUGGGCAGUAAACGACCAUUAUUCCGGCAACGAAUAUAACAUGCAGGAACACCGUGACGGUGAAAAGACCGAGGGAUUCUACAACGUUUUGCUUCCCGACACGCGAGUCCAGAAAGUCACUUACACUGUCGAUGGCGACUCCGGUUUCGUGGCUGUAGUUACUUACGAAGGAGAGGCUAAGGAACCUACACACGGACACACUUAUCUGCCUCCUACUCCUCCUACACCUCCUUCCAAAUAUGGUACUCCUCGUACACCUCCUUCCAAAUAUGGUACUCCUCGUACACCUCCUUCCAGCUAUGACCUGGCUAUGCUUCUGCAACCCAUGACUUACUACUACAUCCUCCUUACCAAUGGUCGUCUGCAGAAAGUCGCCUACACUGUCAACGGCGUCUCUGGCUACGUGGCUGAGGUCGGCUACAAGGGUGAGGCCAGGUACCCUGAGUAUAAGGCUGCUCCUGCCUACAUGCCUGUUCCUGCCUACAAGCCUGCCCCUGCCUACAACCCUGUUCCUGCCUACAAACCCGCUUCUACCUAUGCUUAG